UGCGAUUUUCGAUUUUGUUCGUUCGCUGCUGCAUUUCACAUUCGCGUUUGAGCCGUUGUCAUCAUCCUCGUUCUGCGGUGCCCUCAGCCAUAGCACCAGUAUCAGCAUUGCAUUCGCUUUCCUCCCCAAGGCAACCACAGCAACGCCUUCGUCCCCGUGCCCAUUCGAGUGCCGUUCCAGCCAGCCCCUUGCUUGCCAGCCUUCCUGCUUGCCUGACCUCCAGCCUUCCUGCCAGUGCGAGCCCCUGCUUUAUCAGGAAAACCAAAAAACAGACUUCUGACGAAUUCUGACUAAGCACAGCGCGAGUUCAAACUCGGUGAAAUCGUCGAAAGAGCUUCCCAUACAUACAAAAGCAGUGGCUGCAGACACCGUCAUAUCCGCUUUCAACAAUUAGCGACCAGGGACGGCUCAGUGUGGAUACCCGACCCUGUAACCGGCCCAGGCAGGCCCCGGCCCCGCCCCAGGCGUGCAGCACCCUCAGCCCCAGCCCCAGCCCCAUCCACAGCCACAUCCUCAGGCACAGCCCACUGGCGAAGCUGUGCGGGGAACAAUAGAGAUGCAGUAUAGGCCACCAUGGGUUCGCAGACCUUGGAGAUACUGCGCCAAGGCGUGUGGGCCUCGCUGACCGGCGGCUACUUUUACGAUCCGCAUCAGGGCGUCUUCUGCAACGUCGUGCACCUGUAUCUCUGGCUGUAUCUGGUCUGUUCGCCCUUUGUGGCGUACUUGUAUUUCCCGAGCACUUGGCUGACAUGGUGCCUGUACUGCGUCAUCACCAGCCUCACCAUUCUGAUGGUGAAGCUGGCCAACCUGGCCCUGCAUCGGCUGUACGAUCGGGCUCAGACCAUGUCCGAAGUGAACCUGAAGAGCCAGUUCUUCAAGGUGACCAAGGAGACGGAGCCCCGGCAUGACGAUGAGGGUGGUAUCGAAAUGAAGGUAAUACGUCCCGGCGGCUCGCGCAUCUCCGUGGAACAGGCCAUCAAUGAAGCCAGCGAGGAGAACAGCAUCAUGUCCAUUGACAACGUGAACAGUAUCAUUGAUCUCAAGGUUGAUGUGCAUCGCAAGAACAGCUCCGAGUCCAUCGAGCUCAUGUUCUAUGCCCCAUCCAUGCUGUCCGGCGGUAGCCAGCAGGACCAGCAAUCUCUGGCCGGCUCCGCCAGCGUCACCAAAUCGAUACGGAGCGCGAGCGCCGCCACCAGUGCCGCAGCCCAGGCAGAUCUCUUUAGUAAAUACCUUACCGUCUAUCCCGAAGUGGUGGAGGCGGCCGGAAGUAGUGCCGGCAGCGCCGACGGUUGUGCCAGCAGCGGCGGUGACAGCAGCAGUAUGGUGCCACGAUCCGGAAGCGGAGCUGUAGCAUCAGCAGCUGGCGGAGGAGUCUCCGCGCCCACAAACAUCCGCACUGGACACCUCUCCCGCAAGUGCUCCGAGGUCUUCAGCCGACGCCAUCGACGUCGUCUGGAGCGCCAGAGCAGCCUGGAUGCCGCGGCAGCCGCCGCGACCAUCUCCCAUGACCAAAGGCUGAUGCGGAACCAGUCGGACACGAUAGCCACAGCUGCCCCCUCCUUUCUGCACUCGCAGCCGGCGGGCAAAGCCCGAGGUCAGGCCAAUGCCAGUUCCCGCCAACAUUUCAUUGCCAGCACACCGGCCGAAGGUGGAGAUGGAGACACCGCUACUGCCUCUGGGACGGCAUCUUCCUCCACAGCGGUGGUGGUGAUUGCCCCACACUCGAAUUCUGGCUCAAAUGCAGGGCGAUCGUCGCGCCUACAGCGGCACCGCAGCUCCGAGACCCACGACGAGCGCCUGAAGCACCAGAGCCGCGGCGGGCUCUUCCAGCCGAUCCUGCACCACCAGCAUCAGAACGCGGCCAGUAGCAUCGGAGCCCUGGCCGUGAUCGGCGGCAACAGUGGCCCCAACGACGUGGAGGACAUGGAGCUGGGGCUGGCCCGAAACUCGGGCAGCGGCGGAGUGUCCGACGCCUGCACCCGGGCCCUCCAAUCCUGGAUACUAGAUUCCUCGUCGGAUGUGUACCUGGAAGACGAUAGCUAUACCAAAUCGGAUCUGGGCAUCGAGCAGCCGCACCUGCCGACGUUCCGCCGCUCCCACCUGCACCAUCGGUACCACCACCAUCACCACCUGCACCACCACCUGGGCGGAGGGGCCAUUAUCCGCAAGGAUUCCACCAGCACCAUGUCGGCGCUCCAGCUGGCGGGUGCGGCUCCGCCUGAUCCCACUCGAGGAUCCACUGGAGGAGGAGUCGGAGGUGGCUCUGGCGGAGCUGCAGGUUUAUCUGGAUCUGCUGCGGUUAUGAAGGGACGACGACAUUCCAAUGCCACCAGCUACCAUCACAAGUACAGCGGCCAGGCCUCCAAGUCGGCUCUACUGUCGGGUGGAGGCCACUCGUCGACAGGAGCGGCUGCUGGAGUAGGAGGCAGUGGUGGUGGUGGGGGGCAGCAGACUGGCGGCGUAAGGAGAAUCAAAAGCACCGCCCUCGAAGUGCUCUGUCCGCAGCCGUCAGUGUCCAACCUCAGUCCGCAUCCCAACAGCGUGGAGGCCAUCUCGGGCCAGCAGCAGAUGCGGAAUCCCCUUCCACCGCCGAGCAAGAGCCUCGUCCGGAACCAGCAUCUGAACCUCUACACCUCCCAGGGCUAUGCGGACUCUAGCCACCCAUCGGGAGGAGGAGUUCCAGGAGGAGGAGCGCCAGGAGGAAGCACCUGCAGCAGUAUCUUCUUUGGCAGCUCAAGCGCUUGUGGAUCCACGACAGCACUCCUGUCUGUCGACCCCCCCGUAUACCCCAUAGUGGAGCAUUCGGAGAACGAGAAGAUAGGCCACGGGGGGCAGCCUGGUCCCCCUCAGCAGGAGAAUGGACAUGGGAAUGGGAGUGAGAAUGCCGAAUGCGAUGACGACGAGCUGGACGACGUGCCAAUUCGGCGACGGACCCGCGCACUUGGCUGCAGCCAGACCCACCGCAGCGCGGAGUCGGAUGUGGGUGGGAUCCUGGCCGACGACGAUGAUGAUGUUUUCAAGGACUUUGACGACAACCUGGAGCACAUACUCACUGAGUUGCAGCAGACCCACAGCCAGUUGGACGACCAUCUCAAGAGCUGCGACAUCUCUGCAGCCUCCUCCCACCACCAUCACGAUCACCACCAUUUCCACCGUAAACUGGCUUCAGCGGAGGGAUUGGGAUGUGGAGCAGGAGGAGGACCCGAAGCCACUGUAGGUGACGACGAAGACGAGGAGACGGAGACGGAGAACAACACGGGCUCCCGUUCGCCGCUACUCAGCGAGCGCAACCGGCAGCAGGCGACGCUGCGGGAGAUCGUGGCGGACAAGAUGCUGCGCCAAGAGCUCACCCAGUCGGGAGUGGGAAGUUCCGCCUCCGGAUGUGCGAUGUCGUUGGUGCAUCUACCGGCGGCUCAGGUACAUCCGGCCCAUCCAGUCGCCCAGCCCAUGCGCAGCGAGGCGGACUCGGGCUGCCCCUCCAGCGACUGCGAGCAGGUGAGUGCCAGCUCGAAGGACCAGCUGCUGGCCGGCAUGUGCAUGGAGCAUCAUCAGGAGAGUGUGCUGGAGCUGGACGAGGAGCAGCCGUGCACCUCAAAGAUGGCGGCCAAGAGUCUGGGGGCCAUACCCAAGGUCGUCAAGUACCGAGAGGUGGACGAGCUGCGACGCCGCCGCCUCGUGGGACUGGGAUCGGAGCAACAGGACGCAGCGGGCCCAGCGAUGGCUGGCAACGAACUGGCCCUGGUCAAGUCGCAGUCGAAGCUGCAAGCCGCCGCCUCUCGCAACUCCUCAUCAUCGAACUCGACGCACAGCAUCAGCCUGACGGACAGCCUCACGGCGGACAUCCACAAGAUGCUCUGGCUGAUGCACGGCGGGGCUGUCGACGAGCGCGGGCGGCCCAUUGCGGGCAUCGCCUCGGACGGCACCCCCAUUCCGGCCAGCAGCAGCCUCGUACCGCCGAACAUGUCCAGCGCCCACUUUCAGUUCUACCAGGACGCCAUCCAGGCCCUCCAGGGCACCUAUCCCGCGGCCAGCUCCAUAGAGCACAUGACCCACAUCGAGCGAGCCCUCGCGCGCGACAAACUGCGGCUGGACGCGAAGCUCAUGUGCGAACAGCUGGCGGCCGCCGCCGAGGCCAACUCCAACUCCAACACGCACUCGCACUCCCACUCGCAGGUGACCAACGCCUCCUCUACGUGCAGCUCGCAGCAACUGCCGCAGCCACAGCCUGGAACGACCCUAGGCAUGCUUAUGGGCGGCGGUCCCUCAUCGCGACACGCCUCCACCACCGCCUUUUCCGUGCAGGGCCUGAUCAACGUGAUCCGGAGCGAUGCACUUCAACAGCUGCACGACGCCGUGGCGGCCAAUGCCAGCCUCCACGAAGCCGCCUCCGGAGUAGUCGUAUCGGGCGGAGGAGGAGGAGGCGGCGGAGGUGGUGGUGUGCUCCAGGCCUUGGGUCUCGCGAACCACCCCAGCAACCAGAUCAGCCACAUCGGCCACAUGAGCCAGCCUAUUCUGAACGUGGACGGGCACUUUGCGCCGUACUGCGACUACUGGCGCCCCGCCUGCCUCCUGUCCGCGGCGGAGAAGCCGGCGGCCCCGAAGAGCUUCUACAAGUACCGCUUCAAUUGGUUCGGCCAGGAGCGGGAAUUCAAGAUCGCCAUGGACCGACUGGAGUUGCUAGCACUCUUUGACCGCGACCUCCACUGGCUGCACGUGCUCCUGGCCAGCGUGCUCUGUACUCUGGUGGCCUGCCUGGGGGCGGCCAUUCUCCAGCACGACCACUACAAGGAUCUCUGUGCCCUGCUCUUCUGCUCGGUGAUCGCCGGGGCCCAGUACUCGCUGGUGAAAAGCGUCCAGCCCGACGCGGCCUCGCCGGUGCACGGCUUCAACAAGACAGUAGCCUACUCCCGCGCCAUCUACUUUUGCCUUUGCGGGGGCCUGCUCCUGCUGCUAAAGCGCUUCGACACGGAUUACGCCGCGAGGCCGCCCGAUCGUUUGACCUUCUUUGGGGUCCACUACUCGCCCGCGGACCUGGUCGGACUGCUGCUGCAGACGCUGUAUAUCCUGCUGCUGUGCUUCCCCAUCAUCUUCUCGGUGGGGCUGUGCCCGCAAAUCAACACCUUCCUCAUGUACCUUCUGGAGCAGAUCGACAUGCAUGUCUUUGGCGGGAAUGCGGCCAGCAGUCUGCUUGGUUCCUUUCUUUGCGUCGUACGCUCUGUCCUGGCCUUGAUGCUCCUGUACGGACCCCUGUACGGUGCCUUGGACGAGCAGCGAGGCACCCAGUACAUCCUGUUCUCGAUAUUCUGCGCCAUGCUCAUUCCCCUGGGCUACCAUCUGUCGCGCUGCGCCAGCGACUUUAGCCACCUGUGGCGCCUCAUCAAGACCUGCAUCGUCAGCACGUACCGCGACGACGAUGACGAGGAGGAGGACGAGCUUAGUCAUGUCCACACUGCUGCUCCCACUGCCACCGCUGCAACCGCUGCCACCGCCAUCCAGCUGGCCAGUAGCACUCCCAAGCGGAAGAGGCAGCAAGCGGAUGACAGAGCAAAGGCAAAGGAGGAGCCGCCGCAGGAGCAGAUCGAGCUGGGCAUGCUUGAAAAGCAGCCGGAUGAGGAGCCGGAGCCGGAGCAGGAGCAGGAGCAGGAAAUGCAAAGCAAGUCGAAGGCCUCAUCACUGGGUAGCAGCCAGCAGAUUGCAAACAGCAGCAAGCGGCCCAUAACUGCUUCCAGUUCGUGUGCCUCAAUAGCACAAGGAGAGGCAGGAAACGAGGCGGAGGCAGAGGCAGAGGCAGAGCCAGAUGCUAAGACUGAGGUUCCUGGCGAAGGUCAGGCACUGGACAUGCUGACCACGCCCCAGCAUGAGCAUGAGAAUGAAAUGGGGGACUCCCACGAAACAAAGCUGGCCACCACAGAGGAGGCCGAGGACAAAAUGUCCUCAUCAUCGACCACCAAUCCCGUAGACAUGUCCACCCUGACCGCUGGGGCGGGCACCGGCAGGGAAGAUGAUGUAGAGGAUAAUGAUGGAAACCACCAGACGACCCAUGGCGAGGAGGGGUUGUCUAACCAGCAGCAUCAGCAACAGGAGCAGCAGCAACCCACCAACUGCACCACGGAGGCCAGCGACAGGAGCAGCAGCAGCCGAAGCAACAGCAGUGGGAGUGGCAGCGGGAACGACUUGCCCGAUCCGCUGCCCCGGAAACUGCAGGCGACGGUGACGACGCGACUGAAGAACGACCUGGUCGUGAUGACGCUGCUGGGGGUCAGUGUCCUGGGGCUGCACUGCAGCACCGUGUUCACCGUGCUCCAGCCAGACCUCAACGUGGUGCUGUACGUGUUCAUCGGAGUGCUGGGCUUCCUGCUACACUAUGCCGUCCCCCAGAUGCGCAAGCACAUGCCCUGGCUCUGCUUCGCCCGCCCCCUGCUCCGGCAGCGGGAGUUCGGCCAGUUCGAGGUGACCAAUGCCCCGAAGAUCAUGUGGUUCGAGAAGCUCUACGUCUACCUGAGUGUGCUCGAGCGGAACGUGCUCUUCCCCCUCCUGGCCAUCUCAUCAAUCACCGCCGACUCGCAGCUGAUUGUCGAGAAGUUCGGCCUGCCCUGGGGCACCCUUAUCGUCUCCAUCUGCGCCCUCAAGUUUGUGAGGAACGCGUACUCGGAUCCGACAAACCAGUACCUAAUCAUCAUCUUCACGGUACUAUUGUUCCGCAUCGACUUCGCUAUGGCCACAGAGACCUUCAUCAUCGACUACUUCUUCGUGUCGCUGGCCUUUCGCAAGUGCUGCGACUUUCUGCUAAAGCUCCAGUUCAUAGUCACUUACAUCGCCCCCUGGCAAAUCACGUGGGGCUCGGCCUUCCACGCCUUCGCCCAACCGUUCAGCGUGCCCCACUCGGCCAUGCUCUUCCUGCAGGCUGGCAUCUCUGCGCUGCUCUCGACGCCGCUCAAUCCGUUCCUGGGCAGCGCCAUCUUCCUCACCUCGUACGUGCGCCCGAUUAAGUUCUGGGAGCGGGACUACAACACGCGCCGCAUCGAUCACUCCAACACGCGGCUCAGCUCCCAGCUGGAGCGCGACCUGGGGGCGGACGACAACAACCUGAACAGCAUCUUCUAUGAGCAUCUCACCCGCUCCCUGCAGCACUCGCUCUGCGGGGACCUGCUCAUGGGUCGCUGGGGAAAUGUUAACCAAGGGGACUGCUUCGUGCUCGCUUCGGAUGAUCUCAACUGCUUGGUGCACAUCAUCGAACUGGGCAACGGCCUGUGCACUUUCCAGAUGCGCGGACUGGAGUUCCGGGGCACCUACUGCCAGCAGCGCGAGGUGGAGGCCAUCACCGAGGAUGUGGAGGACAACGAUGGCUGCUGCUGCUGCGAUCCUGGCCACCUGCCGCGCCUACUUAGCGCCAACGCCAUGUUCUCGACCCGCUGGCUGGCCUGGCAGGUGGUCGCCGCCCAGUACGUCAUCGAGGGCUACUCCAUAUCGGACAACCUGGCCAGCGCCACCCUCCAAGUGUUCGAGUACCGGAAGGUGCUCAUCACCUACUACAUCAAGAGCAUCAUCUACUAUGUGGUUAGGAAUCCCAAGCUGGAGCAGUGGCUCGCCUCGGGCCCCAUCCAGGAUGCGCUGCAGCACACGCUGGGGCGCCAGUUCGUGGACCUCGAUCCUGUUUUCAACUUCAAUCUGGACGAGGACUUUGACUUCCGCGCCGUCGGCAUCACGCGCUCUAGCUUCUGCUACGUGUACCUCAAGUGGAUCAACUACUGCGUGGACAUGCGGCGAGAUGCGGCUGCCUCCUCCUCCAUGGCGCCACCAGCCCCCCCGCCAAGCACACCAGCUGCCGCGCAUGCAGUCCCUCAGCCCCAACCGAAUUCAACGCCUGCCCACAAUGACUCGAAGAGCACGCCGAACCUCUCCUCCCAUGGGGGCUCUACCGGAACGGGCUCCGGCCAGUCCAAGUCGCAGUCCCAGCAGCAGCUGCGCAGCGGAGGAAGGACCCAAAAGUGUGCAAACCAAGACGGAGGUGGAGCUGGAGCCGCAGGCGGAGGACUAAGUGCCGCAGGAGGUGGUGCGGGAGCCGGAACAGGAGCGGGAGUGGCUGCUGGCGGGGAUCAGCUGAGUGGGUCGCACAGCUUUGCCAACAUCUCACGCCAGACUUCCGAAAGUGCGCCCGGCCUCGGAGGCUACGUCACCUACAGGGACCAGAAUGUGUUCGUCAAGCUGGCCAAGGCAACGACCACGAAUACAGUGACGCCAGGAACAGGAUUCCAGGGACCAGGAGGGGCCACGUCCAUCAUGACGACACCCAGCGGCAAGACGCUGCGCAAGGAGGAUUCAGUGACGACGGCAGAGAGGGAGAGGCCUGUCCCACUCAAGCUGAAGCUGGCCAGCGUGGGCAAGGACGCGCCGCUGGUGUCCCUGUGCCUGGCCUUGGGUCUGCUGGCCCGCCGCUCCUUGGCCACCGCCUCGCACAGCUCCAUGUCGGGGGUGGAGUUCUUUCUGCACGGUCUGCACGCACUGUUCAAGGGCGACUUUCGGAUCACGUCGCCGCGCGACGAGUGGGUCUUCGCGGACAUGGAGCUGCUCCACUCGGUGGUAGCGCCGGCAGUGAAGAUGGCGCUGAAGCUGCAGCAGGACCACAUCACGAACCCGGACGAGUUUCUCGACCCGCACGCCCUCUACGAGGCCAUCGACAACUGCUCCAAAGAGCUGGUGAUUUCCCACGAGGCUGAUCCCGUGUGGCGAAGUGCCGUGUUGCGGGGAGCCCCCAAUCUGCUAGCCCUGCGACACGUGAUGGAGGACGGCUCGGACGAGUACCGCAUUAUCCGCCUGACGAAGCGCUUCCUCAGCUUCCGCGUGAUCAAGCUGAACCGCGAGUGUGUCCGCGGUCUGUGGGCGGGCCAGCAGCAGGAGCUUAUCUACCUGCGCAACCGCAACCCGGAGCGGGGCAGCAUACAGAACGCCAAGCAGGCCCUGCGCAACAUCAUCAACUCAAGCUGCGACCAGCCCAUCGGCUAUCCCAUCUACGUGUCGCCGCUGACCACCUCCUACGCGGACACAAACGCCCAGCUCUGCCAGAUCAUUGGCGGGGCCAUCACGCUGGAAACCAUCCGGCAGACGGUCCUCGGCUGGUGGCACCGCAUCCGCGAGCGGUGCCGCCAGGGCUGCAGCUCGGGCUCGGCCCUGGAACAGAACUCUGCUCAGCAGCAGCCGCAGAAUCCCCUCCAGAUGGGGGCCACCUGCAACUUUGGGAGUGGCGGCAGCGUUGUGGGUGCCACCUCCACGGCCACUGCCGUAGGAGCAUCCACUGGAUCCGGAGUAGGUGUGAGUGUGGGUGUGGGUCUGGGUCUGGGUGUGGCUGCUCCUGGCACCGCCAGCAGCACGGGUGGCGAAUCCGGUGAGCUGGCGCCCGUCUUCAUCUCGGCCCCGCUCUACAACACCCUCACCGUGAACAGCUACUACGGCGUCCGUUCCAGCAACGUGCCCGGCUCCCUCGCCACCCACAACGGCAGCUACGUGAGCGACAGCCUGGCGGUGGUGCGCGGCGGCCUGGCCGUGAUGCCGGUCAAGCCCACCUCGACAACCCUCAUUGCGGGCCUGCUCAACCGGGAGCGCGACCAAGAAACGGCGGCGGCAGCCACUUCCAACACGGGCUCGGGCUCCACCAUCACCACCAGCCUCAGGGCCAGCAGCAGCAGUAGCGGAGUGCGCGGCAGGAGCCAGCUCCAGCAGGCGGGAAUGGGAACCAGCAGCAGCAGAGGCAGGGAUCACGAGCGAAGGGCCACCCUGCCUAUAGCCAGUGGUGAAGGACCAGGAGGAGGAUCAGAUUCGGGCAAGGAGCUGGCCAUGCCCUACACGCAGUUAGACCACGACCCGAGCCCUCGCAGCGGCAAACUGUCCUCUUCCUCGGGCAGCCUUGGACUUGGCGUGGGCCUGGCUAUAGGCAAUAUCAUAACCACGCCGGGAGACUAUCCGCGGAAGACGAAAGGCCCCAUCUGCCUCACCUCCGCUCCGCUGAGUGGCGAGCCGGGAACGGGACCUGGACCUGGACCUGGAUCUGGAGUGGGAGUAGGACCAGCAGCUGGAACGGGAACGGGAACAGGAACUGGGCCAUUGUCCGGAUCUGGGCCCACUAGGAAGCCGCGCAUAGAGAUCUUCAAGAAGGUCAUCAUAGUGGAUGAAACGGGGAUCUACGACUGCCUGGACGUCAUUGGUGCCGUCGUCUGGCCUAGCGAACUGAUGCGCAACAACGGAGGCCGCCUCUCGUGGAAGGACUGGGAGCCCAGUGCAGGGAUGGUGGGCCAUGUGGUCCAUUGCUGGGCGCCCAACCACAAGGAUGUGCGCUUCCGCUCACAUGUGAACCGCUGCGUGUACCUCGUCGAGAUCGGGGACCACUACGUGCCCGUUGAGGAGCUGGGCCUGCGGGAGUACAACCAGAUAAUGAGCAGCUCCGAUGAGAUGGCCAACUCGCGGCGCAGCUCCAUCCAGCGCGAGUUCCACGAGUACAACAUGCAGCUGAAGCUUUCCGGGCUCACCCCCAUUAUUGGAGGUCGGUCGUCGUCAGGCAAUGCAGGUGCAGUGGCAGGGGCAGGAGCAGGCGCAGGCGAGUCAGCCAGCAAAUCGCACAAGGCCAAGAUACGGGCCGUGAGCAGCAGCAGUUCUGAGGACGAGAGCACGCCCUCCGCAUCCGCCCGUGGACUGCCUGGCCUAGGUGCUAGGUCAGCGCCCGGACCCCACUCCGCCAUCGACUUGAUGAACUUCAACACCCUCCUGAGCAUGUGGAAGCUCAUGGCGGACAAAAGGAAGCAGGCGGCAGCUGCCGGCUCUGGCUCUGGGUCCACAGUCCCGGAUGAGUUCGAGGGAUUCGAUUAUGUUGGAGAGCUGUCCCCGGAACUGCUCCAGAAGCUGGACGAGGCUGCUGCGGCCCAGGAACAGGAGAAGCAGGAAGGACCCGACCAAGCCCAGCCCCAGGCGGAGGAGCAAGUGGUAGCUGGAACCGCGCAUGUGGAUGAAGAGGAGACAGAGCAGGAGAUGGAUGAACAUCCGGACAACCCUGAUUUGGAACUCGAUGAGCCGGAUGAGGUGCAACUGGAACUGCGACAGGAGGAGGUCUUUGUAGAAAAUCCAGAGGAGGAGAUGCCACCCAGUGGCACAACCCCACCCUCCCCACCUGUUUCUAGCCAUGUACCUCGACCUGUACCUGCCCCGGCCACUGACCCAGAAGUGGGAGAAGAAGAAAGCGAAGAAGAAUCCAAGAAUUCCACCAUACAAGUGGAGUCGGAGGACAAAGCUGAGAAGGAAAAGGGGAAGGAUGCGGCACAGCCGGAGGAGGCGAUGAGCGAUGAGACCGAGAUGGAGAACGAGAAGGGGAACGGGACAACAGUCUAAGGAACAAAGGAUCGUGGACACAUAUGACUAUAUAUCUAUAAAGAUUUGCAUUUGUUUGCCAAGCAGACGCACGGCACACAGAAGCUCCCUUAGAAACACACACAUGUA